AUGGUCGACCUAGCUGCAUCGCCCCGUGCCGUGCCGGCACUUCUCUUCAGCCUGCUCUUGUGCGUGCCGGCAUGCACUGUGGUGGUGAUGGUCGACGCCUCCCCGGCGUACCUGCUGGCGCAGCGCAGAGGCCAAGUGUUCACCUACGAGGCGAAAACUGACCCUGUCAUCGACAUUAACAGCUUACUGCCGAAUGCGUCAUCUAGCUUCCUCUACGCCUUCACCGAGGACAUGAACACCUUCAUUAAGGGUCUCUUCAACAACUCAGUCAUGGAGAACUUCGGCAAUGGUACGGAGGCGCAAGGCUUUGAUAACUGCAGAUUUCUAUUCGCGCCGCAGGAUGAUUGGAACACCAUGUUUACUCUUUCAGGGUGCUUCAAGACGCUGCUGCACGCGGGUAUUGCCGGCGACUGCGUCGCAGACAACCCGUUCUGCUGCAUUCAGUACUGGCGCUAUCCAGCCUCACUGCCGGACCGCCUGCCAUCGGACCAGAUCGACCCCCGACUAAUCUUCUGGGAUGGCACAAGGGCGGUCAACGGCUUCUACACCAACUUCUCCGACACGUACCGUGCGAAUUACCCGAACUGCUCAUCCUUUACCCCGUGGCCGGAGUGCUCCUGCAGCUACGGCGCCAACUCUACGCUUGCGGUGGACGCCAACGGCGAAUGGCGCUACGCCCGUCGCUACAUGCCCUUCUUGACCUAUAUCGAGCACCGUGCCGACAAUCCGACCGGCAGCGCAGCUGUUCAGUUCAAGCUACUGAAUGCCACUGCUGCCACCGCGUGGUUGGCGGGGCAUAGGUUUGGCGACAUCUCGCUGCUGGUCCCGAUCGUCGUCUCGGCGAGUCUUGUCAUCAUUCUCUUCCUGUGUCUCCUCUUCAUGUACCUCUGUGGGUACAAGCCGACCUUGAAGGUGGAAGAAGAACUGCGCGCCAAAAUCAAAGACCUGCAGGAGAAAACGGCGGCAGUCGAAACAAAGCUCGCAGCGAAGCGUCGUCGAAAUCAGCGCUCGGCCAGUUCUCUCGCUCAGUCGCCACGAACCAGUUUUGUCGUCCCACCAAAGGAGACCCCGAGCCCGGUAAACCAGAACCGUUUCCCCUCAUUCAGCGCAAGCUCAAAAUCCGUCCAGCUCCAUGUACGUCCCGCUGAACCAAAUCAGCAGCAACACGCCUGUAUCACGGUGUCGCCCUCGAGCCAAGGAAUUCAGUCGCAGCUGCAGCCACGCGGCAGCUUUAUGGCUGCGCAAAACAGAACAGGCUCAGGGCACCAACGCUCUUCCUCCUACGCAUUCAGCGCGUCCAGUCGGACAAACAGUCCUAGCUCUGCUGCGGCGUCAGCGUUGAAUGGGCAACCGGAGAACUCGAUAUUGAAACGCUCAUCAAGCACAAGCUCCAUGAAAUCCGCAACGUCGCGGCAGUUUCCGCAGGACUUCCAGAACCCGCUCAUUGGGCGGCAGAGCUUUGACGUCUAG